AUGGACAUGCUGAUCACCUGGAAGUUCAAAGGCGGACAAUCAAGCUUCGCAAUCGAAUUCUUCGAGGAAGCGCUCCUGACCAAGCGUCUCGCGUACGCUUUCAGAAGCCCAGUCGAGCACAUCAAGGACACAGGCCUCAAAGUCGAAGUCACUACACGCGAUGGACGCCAGUACCACGCAGCGCGGUUAAUCUCAGCUUUGCCUUUGAACGUCUUAGGCGACGUGACUUUCGAUCCCACCCUUAGUACUGGAAAAAGAAAGGCUACUGCGAUAGGUCAUGUCAAUCAGACCGUCAAGGUCCAUGCAGAGGUUGCGAACAAAGAUCUCCGCUCCUGGGCAGGCGUUACAUAUCCGCACAACCAGCUCAUGUAUGCCAUUGGGGAUGGCACAACACCCGCAGGCAACACACAUAUCGUCUGCUUUGGCGGCAGCAACAAACACAUCAACCCUGAGGGCGACAUCGACGCAACUAAGCGUGCAGUCACAAACAUGUUUGUGCAACAAAAAGACGAGCCUAAGAUUGAGAGACUAGUAUUCCAGAACUGGUCGAAAGAUGAGUUCGCGAAGGGCGCGUGGUUCUUUUCAUCACCUGGGUUCCUUGCAAAACACCUGGAUCAUAUGCGUCAGAGGCAUGGGAAUGUGCUGUUUGCUAACUCGGAUUGGGCACUUGGCUGGAGGAGCUUUAUCGACGGUGCGAUUGAGGAAGGCACAAGGGUUGCUUUCGAAGUGCGGAGAGAGUUGACAGAGCUCCGCGAGGCGAAGACUACCUAG